AUGAUCGCCGCUACUUACGAUUGUGGUUGUAUGCCACCUAAAAUCACUCAUCUACAUCCAAAUUGCUCUAAAUCAUUUUUACCAAAACAAACCCAACUAACUCAACAGAGCCAACUAUCAAAAUACACUGUGGUACGAUGUCAAACUGCUCCACCUCCUUCUUGCCCAAAUACCUCCUGUUGCAAAUUAAGCCAUCAUUCGCCAACUUGUCGAAGUGUAAUAUCUUCUUGUCAAAAUUUCGACAAAAUAUAUGAUUGCACGUGUUCUUCUGAACCACCGAUACUUUCUGACGAUAUAAAAGAUUGUAACUGUGAAUCGAAAGAUAUUAAAGAGGAAGAGUGUAAUCCUACGAAGGAAAAAACUGAAAUAAUUUCAAAGAUAGCUAAGAAAGGACUUCCUUAUAAGGAAAUCGAAGCGAUAAUUAAUAACAAUCGUAUGAUUAUUAGAAUGCAAAAGGAAUUAAUUGAAGACGAAUACGAACCACCUUGCGAUUGUCCAGAUGGACCUGGAAGGAUUUUACCAACGUCUUCCACCGUAUUAGAUACUUCGUUAUCACCGAAAUAUCGAAAUGAUAUUAUUUAUCAAAUGCAGGAUUUAUGUAAACAGGGAUACAAGUGUACUGGACAAAAUUCGAUGAUUAGACAGAGCUGCGAUCAGGAUGGUAAAGGAGGACGUACCAUAAUGUUGUAUCCCCAUCCUGGGAUAAAAGAGAAAUUACCAGAUAUUUCUCAGGAAGAAAAGGAUAAGGAUAGAAGAGAGAAAAAGGAGAAAAUGAAAAUAUCCAAGCAAAUUGAUUUAGAAGAAAAUCCAAAUAUAUUUGUUCUUAGAAUUCGAAAACAAUCCAAAGAUAAUGACGGCAAACACAAAUUUGAUCUCGAAUUUCGAACUCCGAGACCAUGGUUGACGCGAAAAGAAUCAAUAAAAUGUCCCCAUUUACAAUCAAAAAUUCAUCCCGAACAAACAGAUAAAACUACGAUGGAUUCAGAAACAUGA